CUUAAAAUUAAAUUAAUAAAUCAUGGUCAAGAAGGCUAGGACGUGAUUGACAAAACUUUUAGGUUCCGAAGAUCAUAACCAACGCGUUGCUAUCUUCACCGACUGAUUCUAAAAAGCUCAAAACCUUCGCAAACUCAUCCCCAAAUACUCAUUUCUCUUUCUCUUUCCCUCUCUCUCUCUUUCUCGUGAGCCAAACACUACUUCAGUUCAGCUACUAUUCUUUCCUGUUAUGGAGAAGUCAAAGGAACGUCGCAACGAAAAUCAUCAUCGUCAAUUGGAUCAGAGUAAGGCGAAGAGUAAUCUCGUUUGGGAUUGCGGGAGCACACUCUACGAUUCGUUCGAACUCAACUCCUUCAAACGCACGCUCGAUUCCGCCAUUAUUAAUUCUUCUAGAAGCCUCUCGAUGCCUCACUUACCGGAUCGACGAGUUCUUCCUCGGCCUCCGCCGGUGACACCACCGUCGGUACCGGCACCAGCGGCGGUGAAGAAAUCGUCGAAGCUCUCUCGGUCGCUUAACAAGCUUCUCCGAUCGGUUUUCAGGCCGAAACUGAACUCGAGCUCGAUCUUCCGAGUUAACCAAGACCAAUCCAAGGACGGAUUUCUCGUCGUUUACGACAAGUCCAGCACUCUUACGACGAUUCCCGAAGUUCCGGAGAUCGACUUCGGAGGAUUUUCGCCGGAGAUCGGAUCGUUAGUGAGGAGGACUGAGUCGGAGCGGUUCGCGCCUGCGACUGCAAUCGGUAUUUCAUGUGCUUGACUGAUCCAACGGCUGUAGUUAGCUUACUACUGAUCAUAGCUAGAUCAUGAUAUAGUAGAAUUUUGGUUAAUUUCUUUUUUAAUCAUAAUCAUAUAUAGAUGACUAUUACCAUAAUUCAUAUAAGUUCCGUGUAUAGGAUAAUGUGUAUGACUUUCCUUUGUCAAUAUUUUAAUAUUUUGGAAUAUUUUUUGUUUGUUAA